AUGUUUAAUACUUUAAUAUUCCUGACGCUUGCUGCCUGCUCAUCUGCAGCUCCAGCACCGACACCAUCGGUCAACACAACUGUUGAUCUAGGAUACUCAAAAUAUUUGGGAACUAAUAAUGGUAAUGGCGUCACUCAGUGGCUUGGACUACGAUAUGCCGCUGCUCCUUUAGGAGAUCUGCGUUUUCGAGCCCCUCAAAGUCCCGUUCAUGGUGGAGUCUGUCACUCCUCACCUUCAACGUCGCUUUCAUCCAAAACAACCGAGGAUUGUCUUUUUGUGGACAUCUAUGCACCCACCGAUGCAAGCAAACUCCACCCUGUCUUUGUUUACUUUCAAGGUGGUGGCUUCAAUACCCUUUCCAGCCCAAACUUGAAUGCGACUAGCCUGAUUGCAGCGGGUCACACGACAAUCGUAGUAGUCACGUUCAACUAUCGUGUUGGUCCUUGGGGUUUCUUGACCAGUAAGGAAGUUGUGGCGAAUGGUGACACAAACGUCGGACUAAAGGAUCAACGAUUCCUACUUGAAUGGGUUCAGAAGAACAUUGAACAAGUAAUUUGGAGGUAUAAAUCACAUGUAACAAUUGGAGGAGCAAGUGCGGGUGCGGCUGCUGUAGACCUUCAGCUUUCUGCAUAUGGAGGUCGCGAUGAUGGACUCUUCCAUGCUAGUGCGGCCGAAAGUCAGUCUUUCGGUGCUCAACUCACGGUAGGCGAGUCACAAUACCAGUACGAUGGUUUAGUUCAACGAACUGGUUGUGCUGGACAAAGCGACACACUAGCUUGUUUGAGGGGGUUGGAUAUCAGCGUCAUUGCCAAGAACAAUAUCAAUGUCCCAACACCAGGUGGUGCAGGAGACGAUCCGGUGUUUAUGUGGUCUAAUGUCAUUGACGGCGAUUUCACUCCUGAUUAUACCUACAAGUUAUUUGCCACAGGGCAAUAUGUCAAACUUCCUGCGAUAUUUGGUGACGACACAAACGAAGGCACAAUAUUUACUCCCCAGUCCAUUAAUUCCAGCGCCGAAAUGUCCAAGUUUUUAAAAGAUAAUUUCGUCAAACUUACUGAUGAUCAAAUAAGUAACAUCCAUGAGUACUACCCUCAGGGAUCUCAAUAUCCAAACGCCGGCACAUACUGGAGUGCAGCAGCUCUUGCUUAUGGCGAGAUGCGCUACAAUUGUCCCGGAAUCUACCUAUCCGGCUCUCAUGACUUCUACGCCCCAUCAAUUGGAAAUUGGAAUUAUCAUUGGGAUGUUCUAUCAUCCACAAAUGCUGCCAGUGGGUAUGGUGUUACGCACACUUCCGAAUCAGGUUCUAUUUGGGGUAGCAGUGGACCACCAGAUUCUACUCUUAUACCAUCCAUUCAGGCAUACUGGACCAGCUUUAUUAGGAGCAAAGACCCUAAUACAUAUAAGCUCAAAAGUGCACCUAGAUGGGGACAAUUGAAGACCAGUAAUUAUCAGAGGAUACUUUUUCAAGCAGAAAAUGUUACAGGGACAGCCACUGCAAAUGUUACAAUGGAAACCAUACCAGAUGUACAGAUGGCGAGGUGUCAGUACCUGUCUAGUAUUGGUGCAGGCAUCGGGCAAUAA